AUGUCGGUGCACGUUGUUUGCAAUGCGGCUGCGGGCCAGCAGAAUGCCGAGUCUGUGCUGAAAGAGUACGUGCACAAGUAUCUAGACGCGUGGAAGGCCGCGGAUCGUACGCGUGUCGCGCCCACGUACCAUAGCACCGACCCCACGCACGGCGCAAAGCAAAUCGGCGCAGCGCUUGCGCGCGAAAAAGCCCCUUUAACGCUUGUCGUGCUGGGCGGGGACGGGACGGUGCACGAGGCUCUGGACGGAAUGCAGUCAGUGUCUAUUCCGAGCGAGAUAUUCCUGGUAAUUGUACCGACCGGAACAGCGAAUGCAAUGUACCAUGCAUUGUUUGGCACGCACCCAGGCGGCUACGCAGCGACGGACCCGCGCUGGAGGCUGUGUGCCUUGCAAGCGUUUGCAGCCUCGAAAAGUACGCAGCCGCUGAGUCUGAUGCGUGUGACGAUGGGCGACACACACCUUUCGUGUGUUGUCACGUCGCAUGCACUCCACGCGGCGAUCCUGCGCGAUUCAGAGUCGCUGCGCGCAUCGCACCCCGGCAUUGAGCGGUUCAAGAUGGCUGCAGAGCAAAAUAUGGUGCGAUGGACAGAGGGGGAGCUUGUAUUGGAGCCGGGCACUGAGCCCGUACAGCGCUACUGUCCAAGCAAGCACACGUUUGUGCCCGUCGCUGCGCUUGGCGACUAUCAAGCGGACCAGCAUGGCACUCUACGCAUUCAAGGGCCGUUUGUGUACCUCACAGCCAUGGUCGUCGACCGGCUCGAAGCUGCGUUUGUGCCGGCGCCGUUUGCAGGGCCGCGGUGCGAGGCAGCAUUGCGGCGUCCGAGUGACAUGGUUGAUAUCGUCGUGCUGCGUCCCCUAAGGAGUCCUGUGGUACAGAAAGCCAUCGCGCAAGGUGAUCCUAUGGACAAAAUACACGAGAUGUAUGCCCAAGGGCCGCUGGCCGAGGUUUUUUUCGAAGGAAUGUACAAGGAUGGCGCACACGUCUCGUUCGCAUACGAUGGCGACGAAGACGUAGCCGGCGAGCAAGCCGGCAUGCCGGUCGUCGAGUACUUCCGUGCCGCAGCGUAUGCAUGGCGCCCUGCGCCCACCGAUCCAUCUGCCACCACGACCUGUGUAGAUGGCACGAUUUUUCACGCAGACGCAACCAGCGUGCAGGUAUGGGAGGGAGCGUAUGUACAUGCUUGGUGCUAA